AUGGAAACAUGGGACGACUCUGAAUCUGAAGCUCCAGAAUCUGAUUCUGAAGAGGAGCAAGCAAACGUAGCAUUCAUGCCCACUACCUCUAGAAGUUCAUCUGAAACAGAGUCUGACUCUAAAGAGAACCUUCGACAGAAAUUCAAGAACCUGAAAAAGGUUCAUGAAGGGACUAUUGAAGAGUGUGAAAAGCUUGAGAAAGAGGUUUUUGAACUCAAAGAAAAUAAUUUUAUUCUUGAAAGAGAAAAGGAUUUUUCAACUAAGAAAUGUUCAAAACUUGAGGAAACUUUUUCCAAAGCUCCACCUACUUCUGACACUAUCAUAAACAAAUAUGAUAAAGUCUUUCAGAAAUUUCUGAACAACAUCCUUGAUAGAAGUAAAAUGGCUUCUAUGAUCUAUGGUAUUUAUGUUGAUGAUAUAAUAUUUGGUUCUGCUAACCCCUCUGUUUGCCAAGAAGUUUCUAAGUUAUUGCAGGAAGAAUUUGAGAUGAGCUUAAUGCAAGAACUAAAGUUCAAGAAGCUCUCUGACGAAUCCAACACCAGUGAGAAUCCUACUAAAGUAAGGACUAACUGGAACAGAUUCAUCAGAUGGAUGACUUAUGAGAUCUUCAAGAUGAAGGGCCUCUCUGAACAAGUCAGAAAUGAAUUCAUUAGAGGUGCUAAGGAAAGGCUAGAAGCUCGGUUGGAGAAGGAAGCGGCUGAAAAGGCUGAAAGGGAAGCAGCUAAGAAAGCUGCCAAGGAGGCUGCUGAGAAAGCAGCUGCAGAAGCUGUUGUCGAAGAGAAAGAUGAGCAAGAAGCAGAAGUAUCAAUGGCCGCAAAAGCUGCUUAG